CGGUAACGGUCCUGUUGCUGGUCAAAGCGUUCUCGAAGUUAGUUGGCGACUACACGGAAGCAGGAUCAGGAAAAGGGGGAAAUUCUCAGCCGGUUGCGCACGCCUUCAUUGGUGCGACAAGCGUUAAGGCUGUUAUUUGGUUCACUCGAGGCGGGGGCACGGAGAAAUCAGUAAGCCCAUAUUUUGGCUACAAUCCAGUUAUCGGAGCUGGUGCUAACUUGCUCGAAGGUGAUAGGACACUGGCCCCGCAGCUUAAUGGUGACCUUGCGCAACUAGUUAGGCAACACGGCGGCGAUGGUGAAG